AUGCUUAAUGGAGGGGGUGGCAUCAUCCCCUUUGGCAACGUGCCGAUCAACGCCACAGAAUGGGGCAUCCCCAACGGAAGAACCGCGGGCACGAUCACGCUGAAUAACAAGACCAUCUCCGUCGACACCAGCAACUCGUUCACCUGGUACGACAGACAGCUCUCACACGGAGCCCCCAAGAACUGGACCUGGUUUGAACUUCACUUCCCGGGAUCGGACAUCAAAGCAAGCAUCUGGGCAUGGGACCUUGUUGAUGACGAGAGCACUCGCUUCGCAACCAUCAGGGUGGGCAAUGGGUACCACGUCCUUGCUUACGAGCUUUCACCUGACUACUCCAACACCUGGGUAUCCCCAAACUCCAAGCUUACAUACCCGCUCAGCUGGAAGCUCACCUUUGAGAACGGCGACCACUUAGUUGUUAACUCUGUGCGUCCGGACCAGGAAAUGUAUGGCGAGAAGGCAUUGAUUGACUCGGCUUACGAAGGGUUUGUUGAGGCUGCCGGUUCUUUCUACGGAUACACCGAAGCGUUUGGUGUCGUUGAGCUAGUCACGGCCUUCUAG